UGCUACCUCAACUAAAGAACUCCACUCAAAAAUAUCUUAUUACGCAUUCAUUGUAACGUAAGUUUCAAGUGCAACUGCGUAAAUGAAAUUGUUUUAUUUUUAUUGAAUCGUGUUUGGUUAUCUUGAGCCUAAAACGUCAAAAAAGCAUACUUUUCAUUUGAUUAUUAUUGAAGUCAACGCAGGGGAAUCGAACAUUGUUUAUUUUAGUGUUUCUCACCUGACUGGCUCAGUGAGUGGCUCUAACACUGAAUUGUAACUGAAAUGACGUUGUAAAAGCCGCCACCUUGCGAAUGUUAUUUCUCAACAAUAUUAUAAGAUUUUUAAAUGACUAUGCAACGAUUUAUCAGUUUUGGAAUUCACUUUAAUCGGAUAUUCGGUAAAGAAAUCUCACUCAAUAGCAGCCAGCAUUCCCAUAGAGUUAAGUUCUGUUCAAUGUCUUCUACCUACUGUAAAAAUGCUAACACAACUGGUCACCGAGGCACUUCACCUUUACCAGCGCUGCCAGUACCUGAGCACCGGGCCACCAAUCUGUCGGCUGUGAGCUUGGCAUUGCUGUCUCCCCGUGCGCUGCACAGCACGGAUGCCAGCCCAUUACCUUCUCCCUGUUGCUCGCCUCCUCCCUCCAUCCCUCGUUCAGGAUAUCUUUCUGAGGCCAAAGCUGCACUUGCUACUGCAAUUGCAAAAAGGAACCAAAAAACAAGCACAUUAAGCAUUGAUGAGGACAUGAGGGAUAUGUGUCAGUACUACAACCUUCUUGGCACGGAAGAAAAGGAACAGUUCCUGAUACACCUCUGCACUGAACACAGCACUAACCACUCAGCUGUUCUUGAGACUGCUGCCAAUCCUCCCCAGGAUCUCACCCAGCCCGGAGCACUCAGUCGAUGGGAGGAGAGACUGCGACAGAGCCUACAGCCUCCCCAUGCGUGGGUGGUGACGCAGGUCUCGCGCCUCACCGGGGGUGUUAAGUUCUUGGUGGACCUCAGACAUCAUGUGCUCCAAUUGCUUCAGCGCGGCCGCGACACGCCGGAGGAGGACGCGGCUGUACGGGAGCUGGACGCGACGCUGCGUGAAAUGCUGUCGCUGUGGUUCACUGUGGGGCUCCUGCAGCUCUCCAGGGUCACGUGGGAGUCCUCCUGCUCCAUGCUCCAGAAGAUAUCUGAGUAUGAAGCGGUGCACCCGGUUCGCAAUUGGACGGACCUGAAGCGACGCGUGGGGCAGUACCGCCGGUGCUUCGUGUUCACACACUCCUGUAUGCCCAGCGAACCGCUCGUUGUGCUCCACACCUUCCUCACCGACUCCAUCUCCAGCUCCAUGAACGUCAUAGUGCAGAAUCCGCGCUUUGACCGAACACCGUCGGAGGAUCGCGUGGACAUCCCUGAAGAGGAAGAGGAUUCCAGGACCAUCACCGCUGCCGUCUUCUACUCCAUCACGUCCACGCAGAAAGGACUUCAAAGCAUCGAGCUAGGGAACUACUUGAUCAAGCGCGUGGUGAAGGAACUGAUGGCUGAGCUGCCCAGCCUGUGCAUGUUCUCCAGCCUCUCCCCCAUACCAGGCUUCACCAAGUGGCUUCAGUCGUUACUGGGGCGCGCCGCUAGAGGUGAAAUACGCCUUUUUUCGGAUGCUGAAAUAUCAGAACUUGGGCGACUGCUAGAAUCCUCAUCAACGCUCGAGCUUCCUACUGCCGACAAAGGGAGUCCUUCAGAAGGACGGCCGAGGCCUUCUGACGACGCCAGUCGUCCUUCUAGUCCUGAAAAUAAUGCCGAGGAUGCAGACGACAUUAGGGAUCCCGUCACCAGCCACGAGACAAGGACGGUGUGCCGCAGAGUUCGUCAAAUGCUGGCCACAAACAGCUGGGCGCAGGACGAGGCCUUCAGGAGAGCUCUAGAGGCGCCGUUCAUGCGCCUCUGUGCCCAUUACCUCUAUGCUGAGAAGAGGAGAGGUUAUGCGCUCAAUAGCGUUGCACAUUUCCACCUGAAGAACGGAGCAGUGAUGUGGAGAAUAAAUUACGAAGCCGAUAUGACUCCUAGAGGCCUUUCAAACAGCUGUGGCAUCAUGGUCAAUUACAGGUAUUUCUUGCAAGACAGUGAGAGCAACAGCAGGGAAUAUCAGGAGCAUCAGAUGAUCACUGCUGACCCGUCGGUGGUGACGCUCGCAAGCGCCGCCCUGCAGGUCAUGAGGAACGAGCGCCCGAUUGCGUUGCCUGCGUAACCUCCUGCGUGCUGUAACCUUCACCCUCAACGUUUUAUUUUGCUGACAUCCGCCCAAACAAACGAAAUAUUUUAUCAUUACUGCCUACACUCAGAAAACUGUUGGAUCAUCAUUCCAAAUGACACACUACAUUGCACUUUGCACUGGCGGACCCUUUUCCUGAACCCAACUGGGUCAGGAUGACCCACAUAAAUACCAAAUUUGGAUCGGUAUUUGGACAAAUCUCCUUCAUUUCUCUGAGAGCAUUGUCUGGAUUCGUUCGAUCAUUACUCUGAAUUUAUUUAUGUAAUUUUACACUUAUUUGUUGACUCUUUCUUCAGUCAAAGCUACAAAUUACGCUGUGCCUUAUAUCCACCAAUCGAAAAAAUAAAUAGCGACACAUUCUUAUUUAUAUGACAAGCAGGAAGUGGACGUAGUCCUUUUGCACGAGCCAAAGUGGGUCAAAUGGAUUCAUUCACAUAGGACAAAAGGGCGUUGCCAUUUGCACAAAGGCCCACUAAUUUUUCAGAGUCACAUAUUAUACAUGGUCAACUUAGUUUUAGAAAUUACUCAAGUUAUCGUACCAUUCCUAAGCUUUGCUUGUGCCAUAUCCCUCGUCAAGCUAACUGUGCCUUGUGUACGUGGCUGAUUGAUGUGUGAUUAAACCACGUAUUGUUGUGUGGUGCAGUAUUUUGUUUGUUGUGGAAGCUUAUUGUUGUACUUAUUCGAAAAAUGUCCUAAAAUGCAACGGUAUGAGUAUUGAUUGUUUUAAUGUUAGUAUUUAUUCUCACAAUGUUACAAUUUCAUUUUUAAUAUAAUCUUUUCCUUUCAUGCAUUGCUCAAUGAAGAUCACGGCGGAAAGGUAUUGUUGAUUUUAAUUUAGUUAAUAGUCAGUAAGGGUGAUAUUGUGAUGUUAAUACGAACACCGAUGUGGAACAGAGAUGCUGUUCAUUUAUUACACGAGUCAAAUAUGACCACGGCUCGCGAUAUUCCUGUCAUGGGAAAUGUUGCUUUCGUUUGCAAUUAGAAACCCAUCAAGUAGCAAAUAUUUCUUUUCGUAUUUUCACUUAUCGUGGUUCUAGUCAGACGCGCACAGUGAUGGUUGUGUCCGUAAUGUAAAUAAUCGAUUUCUAUAUAUCUAUAACCAUUACUUUAAUCGUGAUAACAAAACUUUUGCAUCAGUUAUAAAGACCAUAUGUACAUCGGUCUCCAGCGCAACAAUUGUAAAACAAGCGCUCAAUCAGACAGAAGCGAUAGGGAAUUUGCCAAUUUCUGUCACUGUAUUAAUUUAAUUCACCAAAGUUUGUAUUACUAUGACCAAAGGAAAUGUAAUCACUUUUCAGUUCAAGUUUUUAAUUGGAAAUAUAAAUGUACAAGUAUACAUUAGAGCCAGUAGGCAUUUAUUCCUGCCACGGCCACUUGGGGCGUGCCCCUCGCAUCACUGAGUUGUCCUCCCGCUCGCUGCGCUGCUUGAGGUGGUCGCGGCGCUCAGGCGUGAGCGUUGCCUCCAUGCGCUGUAGCUCCUCGCUCACCUUCACCAGGUUCAUGUGCUGCCCGUACGCAAUCCCUGCACCCAAUGCAAUCUGUAACCAGUUUUAUUAUUCAUUAUAUGAACGGCCGUGUAUGAAUAUUUGAAUGUUUUAUUAUUGAGCAUAUAAUUAACUAAGGACUUGUCUCAUUUGUUGCUAGCAAUUUUGUAUCUUAUUCAAAGAGCUUCACCAAUAAGUCACGCGAGGACUGACGAGUUUCAGAACUAGAUUGGUCAUAUAUUUAAUCUUCAAUCGAGUAGUAACUAUUACAUAGAAUGUUCAAGCGCCUCGUGUAAAAUCUUUUACAUUGUAUAUAUUAGUUCCUCUCGCAAUUGCACAAAUAAAACAUUUCGCACACGCGUGAUUUAAUUACCAAAUUACAUGUA